AUGGCUUUCAAUAACGCGCAACUUCGACCUGUGGUUGUGUUAAAUAAUCAAGGGUUUCCGAAUGCCAUCAUCUAUUCCAGAUACCUUCACAGCUAUCGCGAUCGCCCUAUCUAUGCAUCCUUCACCAUAUCACCUUCAGCCUUUUCCAAAUAUGAUAUGGACAUCCCUUCACUCCUCGCUGGACUCGGAUGGACUUCGUUGACCGAAGAUCAACGAUUUCUGCACUGUCCUGAUCCUGAGCCGGUCAGGCUAUUCUAUGUCAAUAUUCAGUGCGAUAGGGGUGCUGAACCUCGUUCUUUCACCACCAUGGUCUACGACCAUGAGAUCACGGUCACUCUUGACCUGCUGGCCUCAGUCCUUUCACUACCUCAUUCUGGACUUUAG